CAGGAGGAGGAGCAACAAGAAGAAGAAGAAGAAGAAGAAGAACAACAACAACAAGAAGAAGCAGGGCAACAACAUAACCACGACAAGGACAAACCACAGGAUUCCGACGAAACCCCAUCUUCUGGCUCCGAAGAAAAACCCGAGUUCUCCCUCUCUCUCUCUUUUAUACGCAUUGCUUCAAAACUUCUGCUUUGUGCUUUGUUACUUGGUUUAGAUUCACGUUUCGAUCCCAUGUCUCUGUUUCGGGGUAGCUGCUGGUUGUGAAUUUUGCCAUUUCUGUGCUUCUUCCUUUGAAUCUGAACGCUUCUAUUAUGGUUUUUGGUGGGUUUCCUUCCACUGUACUGUGGGAUGCUUACUGUUCGUGUGGUUUGAGUUGGGGUGUCUGUAUUUUCUGAAUCUCCCCCCAUUUGAUUCGUCGGAGUUCGUUUGCAUGUUUGGAUUUUCGUCUUGUUUAUGAUUGAGACUAAGUUCGUUCGUUAUAUCAUCAAAGAAAGUAAUUAUUUUGGCGUAGAUUUUGUUACUUAGUGCAAGUAGAUGAAUCCUUAGUGUUAUUUUUCACAGCGUUGGAUUAAACAUCAAUCAGCAUGGCACCUUGGAUCUCAUUCCUCCAGAGAUUCGUGUUUGUAGAACUUCAGGAAAUUCGUAAAGAUGUCCAAUGUCCAAUUUGCCUUGGUAUUAUUAAGAAAACAAGAACUGUCAUGGAAUGCUUGCACCGGUUUUGCAGGGAAUGCAUUGACAAAUCGAUGCGACUAGGGAACAAUGAAUGCCCUGCUUGCCGCACACAUUGUGCAAGUCGUCGUUCUUUGAGAGAUGAUCCAAACUAUGAUGCCCUUAUUGCCGCUUUAUAUCCAGAUAUUGAGAAGUAUGAGGAAGAGGAGCUUGAAUUUCGUGAAGAGGAGAAGAAUCGCAAUAAGCAGAUUCAAGCUUUGAUAGCAAAAGUAGUUCAACGGCAAUCUGAAGCACUCGUUAAGAGACGUAGAGAUACACCCGGAACAUUUGUGACAAGAUCACAGCGUAAUCCACGAAACGUUAAUUCAAGGAGACAAAACCAAGCGAUUGAUCUUCAAGGAUCUGAAGAUAAUGAGGAGGAAAAUGACAACAAUGAAAAAGACUCAUCUUCUGCUGAUGAGCGGUGUACAGAACUCCGGCAGAGAAGGCGAAAGAGAUGGACCAGAGUUCGUCCCUCUCAGCCAUCAUCAUCGAUGGCAAGUCCUGAUGGCGGAUGCAUAGAAAGUGAUAUGGAUAUAAGUAGAGAAAAUCGAGGAAUUUCAAGGCAGGUGUCAAAACCUCGAAAGCUUACUUGGGGACGGGGAGGUUUUAGAAGUCACACAAGGCAUGGAGGCGGUGGUGGUAGCAGUAGCAAAAGUUCCCGCAGUAGUCGAUUGUCUAAGUUGGUUGAUCAUCUCCGAAGCUUGGAUGAAAACACUAAUGAGUUAGAUGUCCAUCUCAUGCUUGUUUCUCUGGACAAACAAAGUACACCAAGUUUGCAGCAACCACACCUUUGCUGUCGACCAACUUUGUCUGUCAAGCAUCUUUACGAAUAUGUUGCUCUUCAGACACCUUUGCCAGUUGAAGAAGUUGAGAUACUGGCAGUUAAAGGAUGGUGCAGUUCAUAUUGUGAUAAAUCAUCAGAUGAGAAUUCAGCCCUGAUACAUGAUGAGCUAACAGCGUUGGUUAUAGAUCCACGCAAAGAUGAACUGGAAAUUUUGCAAGGACAUGAAUCUCUGGCAGGGCUUAGAUCCAAAUGCAUAUCUAAAAGGGAGCAUUUGAUUCUGGCAUACAGGCAGAAGGAAGCAUUAUAGUGUUGGUCUGAUUGGCAGACUUUUGAUGUAGACAAUGCCGUAAGCUUAUGUUGUAUAUACAGAAAGAAGAACAAUUGCCUAGUCCAUUUUCCAGUUGCAUACUCAGUCCCAAAAAAGAAAGAAAGAAAGAAACUCUAGUAUACUUAUAAGAACCUCCCAAAUGGUUAUGCAAGCAUUGUAAUAUCUUCAAUAAGUUUUACACUUUCCUUUUCAAAUAUUAGUUACAGCUUCAA